AUGAAAUCGAAAGCGAGCCAGCAGAACCGGUUCCUGAGGAUCAUCACGGUUCCGGUUCGGGCCCUGAGCAAGGCCCGGGAUUUCUACGUGAGGAGCCUGUCGGAUUACGCGGACAGGAUGAACUACGGGAACGCGAUGGCGAUCCCGGUGACCGCGCAGGUGACGGCCCUGCCGAGGAGCUUCAGCGUCAGCUCGGCCCGCUCCCAAGUGGAGCAGGAUCUAGUUCGGGCCUCGUCGACCCGGAGCAUGGGGGAUCGGGCCGAGCUGGAGUCGUACAUCAAGGAGCAGAUGAAGAUGAGGGUGGUGGGGCUCAGCCCGCAGCCGCAGCCGCAGGGGAUGCCGCCGAGGAGCACCAGCGUCGCCAUGGGGAGGAUUGAUGAAGACAAGCCGUGUUGCUAUUUCGGUGAAGAUAAUACUGCUUUUCUUACUACUAAAAUUCCAAGAAGCAGAAGCCAUGCUGUCUCUGCAAGAAGAUUGCCAGCCUUUUGA